UUCUGCAUAAAUGUAAUCUGUGUAUAUAUUUCAGUACUUGCAGUUUAGAUAUACCCACGUUGCCUUCGCUUGCUUCCUAUAACGCGUUCGGCUCAUUUCCUGCAAAAAAGUGAUUAAAGUGAAAAGCAAAGAUAAGUUACUGCACAGUAAAGUGCAUAAGUGUAUUCGCAAAAUUAAUAUAUCUGUGGCAAAUACAUUGCAGUGUUUUACCUAUAGUGUAAGUUUAAAUUAGUAGGUCUACAUAUGGUUAAAUAACUGUGACCAUAUAACCGUGACCAUAUAUAUAUGCAACACAUCCAAAGUAUAUAACAUGGAUUCACGAACUCUGUGCUACUGGUUCUACUUCAUAGGAUUUGUGGAUCUAUUUGCCGUCAGCAUUGUCUUUCCUCUCAUGCCUCAAUAUGCAAAGGAAUUGGGAGCAAGUCCAGGUUUGAUUGGUUUAUUCGGUUCAAUCUAUGGAGCGAUACAGCUGUUCUCAAGCCCAGUUAUCGGACAUUUAGGAGACACACGUGGUAGAAUCCCAAUUCUCUUCAUGUGUCUUUUAAUUGCCGCAGCUGGAUAUUGCAUCUCUUCACUUUGCAUUUAUUCCCUUCUUCUGUUAUCGAUGCUACGUUUUAUGGCAGGACUAUUUAAACACACUCAAGAUCUAUGCAGGAAUUGUCUUGCAGAUGUUGCCCCUAAAGGUGAAAAAUCUAAAGCAGUCGGACAGUUAAAUGCCCUGUCAAAUAUUGGCUUUAUUCUUGGUCCCUCUAUCUCUGGCUACAUAUCAAACAAGCUGGGGUUAGCAACUGGUAUCACCAUAUGCUUUUUCCUUUGCGGACUUCUGUUCAUUGCAAAUGCGUGUGUGGUUUGGUUUUUGGUAUGGCCCAAUGCUCCUAGUGUGGUCAACCCUGUAAACCAAAGCAAGAAAAAUAAAGAACAAAAAUCAAUGUGGAAUCGUAUCAUGGAAAUUGAUUGGAAGGUGCACAGUGGUCUUUUUCUUUCACGAUUUCUGGCUGCGUUUGCCGUUUUAAUUUUCCGCUCUUCGUUUGUGCUGGGAUUGAAACACUUUUAUCCAUAUCUUACACCGGCCGAAGUUGGCUAUUUGGUCUCCUAUAAUGGUACAUUGGGUCUUAUCAUUGGACUCACUAUUGGAUCAGUGUCUGCUUGCAAAUAUUAUGCAGGCAAUGAGGAAAAAAUGCAGAUGCACGCUGCUCUUAUUAUUCCUGUUGGAUUUGCGUUUAUUGCCUUUUCAAACAGUCUUAUUCUUAUGAUGCUGGGUAUGGCUAUAUUAGUGGUUGGUACUUCUGCAUCCAGAGCAUGUGGUGUCGUUUUAACAACAAAGCGAUCAAAACCAGAUGAGGCUGGAAAAUUGCUGGGUUUAAGUGCUUCUAUUCUUUCUAUUGCCCGUUCUGCUGGACCAUUUGUUGCUGGAAUGUCACAGGAAUUCUCGUUUGCUGCCCCCGCUUACGUAUCGUUUGUCACUUCCAUACUUGCUCUGCUUGUUUAUUACACACAGGUGUAUCGGGUACACAAACCAAUGUCACUUAAAAUUGAGUGAUUUCUCUGUGAAACUUCUUCCGAUUUUUGUACUAGUUCUAUCGAUGUGCAAUUUUGAAAUUACUUGCUACUUUGCCGUGUGUGUAGGAUGCUAAGCAUUUGUUGGUUUUGUUUGAUAGAAAUGCAGUAUGGCUUUUAUAUUGAUGAGCUAUGUUGUUUAAUUUUGUUUUUAAGUCCUGUUUUUGUGAUUUUGCCGGUCUUGAGAUUUAUGUGUUUUAGGAAAUUUAAGUGUUUUACGUGUAAGGAAUACAUGCACCCAUUAAACGAAUCAAUAGUUAAUAAAAAAUCAAUUUACACAGACUCCUGAAUAACGGAUCGCUGCUGUUUUUACUUCUUUAAUGUUAAAAUAUGCGCCACCCGCAGAGUUUGGGACCGAUUUAUUUUGUGAUAAAGAACAAUAGCGUCCG